AUGAGUUCGUCUAGCAGAGAUAACGAGGAGCCGUCGUCAAGCACGGCUCUCGCAGACGAAGGCCCGGGCGAUAGCAACAGUAGUGCACCUGAAACCCGGCCACCCGCCAAACGCAGGUUCUCAUCUACCGUGAUCGAGAUCUCGGAUACGGAUAGCGAUGAUUCUGAUGUAUGCGCUGUUAACUCAUACCAGGCCUCUGCCGAUGAAGUCAAGCGGAUCCGUGGAGCUGACUAUUCUUCUUCUUCCUCUACAUCAGAGUAUAGCUCAGACUCUGAAGAAUCAUGGGAGGACAACUCCAUUGUGUUGGGAGACUUUGUGACAGAUUUGAAGGCUGUCAAGGCCCAGCUCAACCCCAGAGCUAACAGAAUGGAUGACCCACAGUUUAAUCCUAAAAUUAAGUCACAACAGUUAAUAGAUAGGCUAUCUCUGCAUUGGAAGGAGCAAAAAGACUUUAGCAAUGAGGCGGUUACAUUAACUUGUGAGCCGUUCCGCUUAUGUCUCCUUCAUGACUUUCUCUCCAACCCUGAGAUGAUCAAUAACAUAGUUGAUGACAUGAACACACUAGAUUGGUCAAGGAAAAAGAUGGACCUGUAUGAGUUUCACCAGACCGCUGACCUGGCCAGCUUGACAUGGCAAAGAAGUAUUAGAGGAAUAUAUGAGUUGCUCAAGACUGAGGUUAUGAGUUGGGUAUCACACGUGACAGGCUUGACUCUUCAGUCAGUAUCAGCAUCAUGUUCACUGUAUGGUCCUGGAGACCACUUACUAGUCCAUGAUGAUUUGCUGUCGGACAGACGGGUCGCUUUUAUCUUCUACUUGGCGCCCUGGCGACCGGACCCUCCUAAGCAUAAGAACAACAUUGAGAAUGGUGCGGGUGGGGAUCACACUGAGUGUGUGGAGGAUUGGGGCGGCUGGGCCCGGCACAUGGGCGGCGCGCUGCAGCAGCUGGCCUGCGACGAGCACGGCCACCCAACGCAUGUGGUGCGAGACGUCUACCCUAGGAACAACAUGUUUGCGUUUUUCAAAGUCGGCCAUGAAUCUUUUCAUCAGGUGGAGGAAGUGUUGUCCUUGGAACUACCGCGGUUGACGAUCAACGGCUGGUUCCACGGGCCGGCGCCGGAGGGCGAGGACGAGAGGGAACCGCCCGACGCGCCGGACCCGCCUCAGCAGCUCAAGCCUCACAACGAUAUCGUGGUGCUGUCGCAGUGGCUGGAGCCCACGUACAUGUCGCCGCGCAGCCGCAUGCAGAUUCAGACGCAGAUGGAGCGCGAGAGCGAGGUGUGCCUGCGGGACCUGCUGUCGCAGGACAAGCUCGCCGAGGUGAUGGCCGCGCUCGACGACCCAGAGCUGCCGUGGGAGCGCGUGGGCCCGCCCAACCGGCGCUGGUACGAGCGCGUGCCCGCGGCGUGGGCCGAGGAGCUGGCGGCGCACCACCCGCUGCGAGCGCUGCUGCGCCUGUUCGGCAGCGCCGCCCUGCUGCGCGCGCUGGCCGAGUGCUCGGACCUGGCGCUGGCCACGCACGCGGGGCUGGAGCUGCAGCGCUGGGCGCCGGGCGCCUACUCGCUGCUGGCGCCGCGCGAGCAGCGCUCCUCGGCGCGGCUGGACGUGCACCUGCACCUGGGCGGCGCGCGCUGCGCGGGGGGCGCGCUCACGUACGUGGCGCCCGACGAGCCCGGCGCCGCCAGCGCGCUGCUGCAGCUGCCGCCCGCGCACAACGCGCUGAGCCUGGUCUACUGCGACCCUGGCGCCGCGCCCUUCACCAAGUACGUGAGCCGCCUGCCGCGCGGCGCCGCCACGCUCUUCUACGUGCUGGCCUGCCAGUACAGCGAGUGA